AACUACCUUACUCUCAAAAACAAAAAAAAAAACCCUGAUGAGAAAACCAGGCUUCAUAGGACUGCUGCCUCUAAUGGCAGUGAUUCUAUUGCCCUUCUUAAGGGCAACUCCCCUAUUGAUUCCCCACAAAAACAUCACCACAGACCAAAUUGCCCUUCUUGCUCUAAAAGUCCACAUCACCCAAGACCCUACAAACCUCCUGGCAGCCAACUGGUCCCAAACCACCUCCCCAUGCCACUGGGUCGGGGUAACCUGUGGCUCCAAGCACCAAAGGGUCACUGCCCUUAACUUGUCCCACAUGAACCUCACGGGUACCCUCCAGCCCCACUUGGGGAACCUGUCCUUCCUCGCCCGCCUCGACCUCCGCUCCAACCGCUUCAAUGGCUCCGUGCCCGCCGAGUUGGCUCGGUUGCGCCGGCUGAAGCACCUCAACCUGGGAAACAACGGAUUUCGCGGCGAAAUCCCGCCGUGGAUCGGCGCCUUCCCGCAGCUCCGGAACUUGUCGUUGAGCAACAAUGGCUUCACCGGAGUGAUUCCGCCUGCUCUGGGGAAUUUGACCAAACUGGAGACUUUGUUUUUAGAUGGAAAUGAUUUGGAAGGUUCAUUGGCAUCACAAAUAUUUGGUCACCUGCCUCAUCUAUCGAAGUUAAACUUGGGUAAUAAUCGAAUUUCUGGAACAAUUCCAAAGAGUUUGUUCAAAUGCAGUGGAUUGAAAUAUGCGGUCUUGCAUUACAACCAAUUGGAAGGGGGUAUCCCGUCGGAAGUGGGCAACUUGACUUCCCUCAUAUUCUUGGAUGUCUACAACAAUAACCUCUCUGGCUUGAUUCCAACCAUGCCACCUCAAAUGGUUUUGUUGGAUAUAUCAGAGAACAACUUCAUGGGAGGAAUUCCUUGGUCAAUGUGCAACAUGAGCAUGAUGAAUGUGUUAUACUUGUCAGAGAAUCACUUGAGUGGAACCAUUCCUCAUUGUUUGGGAAACUUAAACUCCACCCUUACCCACCUGAACCUUUAUGUAAAUAAUCUUUGGGGUAAAAUACCAGACACCCUUUUCCCUAAAACCUGUGUGCUGAGAGGCCUGCGCCUGAACAGCAACAAGUUUGAAGGACCAUUGCCACAUUCUCUAGCCAACUGCAAAGACUUUCAGGUCAUUGAUUUGGGAAGCAACAUGUUCCAAGACACCUUCCCUCACUGGCUAGCUGGUCUAAACAAGCUGCAGAUUCUCUCCCUGAGAUCCAACAGAUUCCAUGGCCCCAUUGUUGAUGACAACCCAAAGCUCCAAAUCUCUUUCCACCAUUUGCAGAUUCUAGACCUGUCCAACAACCACUUCAAUGGCUGCCUGCCCACCAACCUCUUUGCAAACCUGGGUGCAGUCGUCCAUGGCAUUGGCUAUAACCCGAACUACAUGGUUGAUGAGCCGUACCCGUGGGGGACGUACACGGAGCAGCUGAUUUACGUUUUCACCAAAGGGUUGAAGCUGAAGUAUUUUGACAUCCCAACCACUCUCACUGUGAUUGACUUUUCCAUGAAUCGUUUCGACCAAUGGAUACCCGAGGUACUAGGAAAACUUGGGUCACUCAUAGUCCUAAAUCUGUCCCACAAUUGUCUCACAGGCCAAAUCCCUUCAUCCUUGAGUCACAUUGCAGAGCUCGAGUCUUUGGACCUCUCAUCAAACCAACUCAAUGGGAGGAUCCCUACAGAACUCGUAAAUCUUGAGUUCUUGGAGGUUUUAGACCUUUCUUGGAAUGAUCUCACCGGUCUCAUUCCUCAUGGCAAACAAUUUGACACUUUCACCAAUGAUUCUUACAUUGGAAACAUUGGUUUGUGUGGACUUCCACUUGCGAAACGGUGCGUUGGUUAUGAUGAGAAAUUAGAACCUCCUCCACCUCCCCAAGAACUUGGAAGAUCAUCAACCAGUUGGAAAUUUCCUCUAGUGACAGGGUAUGGAUGCGGGCUAGUGUUCGGACUGAGCUUGGGUUAUCUUAUGUGCACCACGGGAAAACCGUUUUGGUUCAAUCAAUUCAUCGACAGAAUCAGUAUACGUAUUUAUCGCUACUUGAAAUACAUAUAAAAAACAUGCUUGGAUCAGAAUGUAAAGCAUAGUUAUCACUGUUCCAAGAAUAAGCUUAUAUGUUCUUCUCAAUUGGGGCAAAAACCAAUCACACUUUCACUUGUUUGAAGCCUAUUGAGAAACCUUGUUUAUUAAGUAUCAUCAAUGAUUUCAGUUCUAGUAUCUUUGUCUUGCUUGUAAAAAAAAUUGCCAAAAUUUGUGUAUCAUAAGUGUGAUUGUGUGAAUUAUGAGGUGCUCCUUUACAAAAAAUUAGUUUAAAAAUA